AUGUCCGCGGCGAUGCCACGUAACGCGCCGGCGUCGUUCGCCGCGAAGGACGACGACAAACACUACAAGAUGUGCAAGAAGAUUGCGCAACUCACCAAGGUGAUUUACACCUUGAACAACCGAUGCGAGGACAAUGAGCAGCGCACCGAGUGGCUGCAUCAGACGCACAUGCAGGAAAGCGCGCAGCUCUGCCAGGAGUACGAGUCGCAGAUAGAGAAGCUUCAGCAGCAGAUUCGCGGCUUGCAGGCAGACAAGGUCAACAUUGCAGCGGCCCUAGAGCAGUCUCAGAAAGAGCAGCUCCGAGCAGCGCAGGAGGAGUUCAAGACACGACUUGCAGCUCUCUCAGAACGGGUCACCGAGCAGGAGUCGAGGUAUGACAGCACGUUGCUGGUGGAGAAACACCGAAUGGCCACCGAACUGGCUGCUGAGACGAAGCGCGUGCGAGAGAGCAAGGACUUGGAACUGGCAAACCUCGUACGCGAGUACAACGACAAGUACAAGGCCAUGCUUGCCGAGCAGCUGGACUUGAGAGAUGCGCUGGAGGACAAACUCAAGAGGGAGUGGGGGUGUAAGGUCGAUGCACUUCAGACAGAGCUGGCAACGGCGCAGGGCAGCGCGAGUGCGCAACUGCAGUCCAAGUCCAGGCUGUUACAAGAGACUCUGCAGCGAUGCGCGACGCUAGCCAACGAGAGAGACCUAUCAGGGGCGUCGCUUGAUGAGGCGCGUACACAGUUACAGACGCUGCAAGGACAGCUGGGGCGCACCGAGGAGGAGUUGGUGCGCGAGCGGCGCCAGCGUGUGGCUUCCGAUGAACUCAAGACGGAGCUGGAGGCGAGACUCGUAUCCUUGGAUACCAAGCGAAAUGCCUUUGAGAGAGAAUGCGCGGAGGUGCAGCAGUCCCUGGCGGCUGAGAAGGCGCUCAACGCGCGCCAAGCCGCCGCGGUGCAGGCGCUGGAGAACGAGAAAGCGUCCCUCUCGACGUCGAGGGAGGCGCUAGCUCAGGAGCUGGAGGGCAGCCUUGCAGCCCUCACCGCCAGCAAGGCACAACGCGACGCCGUGGAGGCACAACUCCGCGACCUGCAAUCCUCCUCUGAUGCCCAUGCCUCCUUGUUGAGUGAUGCCAGAUCGCAGCUAAAUGAGGCGAAGCAGCGCUUGGUGACGGCGCUUCAUGAGGCCGCCGAGGCGGCGCGCAUUUCCCAGGCGAAGCACGAGGAGCUACGCAAUGCGCGUGCGUCGCUGGAGUCCAACUCGUCCUCUGAGCAGCAGAGAUUGAUGGAGGUGCACAGGAAGGAAAGUGAUGCGCUUAAGCGGACGCAUGAGACAGAGAUUCUUCGACUACAGACAGAGAUGCAGCGACUGCAAACGGAGAGGGCUACCAUGCAAGAGUCGUGCCAAAGGACUGUGAAGGAUGCGGAGGUCGCCGCUGCAAAGAUUGCCGCCCUGACGGCUCAGUGCGAGGAGCAAGAUGCGCUGCUCCAAAGUCGGGCUGAGGAGAGUGCGGCGGACCUCCUCCAGCUGGAGCAGCAGCUGCUGCAGCUGCAGCGCGAGGUGGAAGCCGCCAGAAGCGACGGAGCAGAGGAGGCAGCCGCUCAGGUGGCUGCGCUAGAGCGCGCGCAGGCGGAGCACGCCGCGGUCUGCGCUGCUGUGGAAGCCGCACACGCCAAGGCGCUUCGUGAGGCAGAAGAGAAGAGUGCUGCGCAGCUCGAAAGUGUUUCUCGAAACAACGCCGCCUUGGUGAAGGCGAUGCAGAGGCAACACUCGGCUGCCAUGGAGCGAGCGAAGGAAGACACAGCGGCGCAGGCUGCCUCCAUAAGUCGUAACGUCGAGACCCAGCUUGCUGCUCUGCGGCGCGACUAUGACGAAAGACUCGCUGCGGUGCGUACGGCCGCGGGAGCGACUGAGGGAAAACUUCACACACUCAUCUCGGAGCUGCAGGCGCAGCUGCGUCAGGCUCUUGAUGAGACGGCGGCGCUUCAAAUGUCCAGUAGUGACAUGCUUCAGCAGCGGCAGGAGGAGAUCGCGCUGCUGAAGGCCGCCAUGGCGAAGGCUCAAACGGAGGCAGCUGCCGCGCUCGAUCGCUCGCGCAGCAAUGCUGACGCUCAGCGACGCGAUGAAGUUCAUGCACUGGAGGUGACGCGUCAGCGGCAGGUUGCUGCGGAGCGGCAGCGCUAUGAGACCGCCGUGGCAGCUAGCAAGGAGCAGAUGGCGAGAAUGGAGGCGCGCUUCGACGAGCGCAUCGAAACCGCGGAGGCACACCUACAGGAGACUGUGGCGACGCUGAAAGCGGCGCGGAUAAAGGAUAUGCAGGAGCUUGAGGAGCAACUCGACAUGGCGCAUCAACUGCGGGUGCGUGAGCUCACGGCAACGCACGACGCUGAGCGCAGCCAGCUCCAAGACGCGAUUGGUGCAAUGGACGCCAAGCUCAAAGAGCUGAUUUCCUUGAUGGACAGCAAAGAGGAGAAGCUAGACAGACUCCUCGCCCAGCGCGACCAGUUGCUAGAGGAGGUCACGACGGCGAAGCGCGACGGUGCGGCCGCUGUAGUGACCGAGCAGAACCGUCGUGCGGCGGACCUGGAACAGCUUCGCGUGGAACAUCAAAAGGAACUAAAAGCUCUCGGCGACACGCACAAGGAAAUCGUUGACGAUUUUGUGCGUCAGCAGGCCGAGGAGCGGCGUGCGCAUCAGGGCCUUGUAGGCGAACUGCGUAGCACGAUAGAGGAGCUGCAGUACAAGUACCACUACCGUGAAUCUCGUCCAGAGGACGUCGAGCUCAUUAACAAGCUUCUUCAAGACAGCAAGGAAAAGGAGUCGGCUUUGAGCAAGGCCUACGAGGACAUGCGCCUGUACAAGCUGGAGCUCAUCAACAGAGAGGAGAACUACAACAAAAUCUUUGGCCGACACCCCGACGUGGCGGACUACUCUGCUGUCGCACAGGCGGCCGGAAAGCGCCCGUCCUCGCUUCCUCGUAUCGGUGCUUCACGCCAGCACUCGACACGGUAG